CCUUGGGCACCCCUGGAGCAGUUCAGGCGGGUUCAGUCAACCCUCUUGUGGCCGGAGCUGGCAGCGCGGUGCAGUCGCCAGCCGUCACGGGGCCCGGUCACUCGCGCACUCACGCUACAAGAUGCAGUGCUUCAUUUGCGUCACCUACAUGAUAAUACUGUGCACCGCACAGCCGACCAGAGACCAGACAGUAGCUACAACACACGAGAAGCGAUCUCUUUUCCAAGACGUCAUCGAGUCCCUGCGGAUACGAUCUCAGCUGCCCGAAGAAAUCAACCACAGCGAUGACAACAACUUGUCUCAAAAUUAUAACGAAUAUGGCUUCGACAACGAACCACCCGAACUUCCGAGCGACGCAGAUUUUGUACCACGACGUAAUGAUCGUAUUGAAAUGCCUACAUUGAAAUACAGAUUCCCUAAAAGUCUUCAGAUGAAUGGAAGUGAUAUUAAAGUAGAAAACAAAAAAGAAGAUAUAAUCGUAUAUGUGAAUACGCCGUCAGAUAUACCGGAACCCAGACUCACAACUCACAAACCAAAAAAAGAGCCAAAACCAAAUAGAAAAGUGAACUUUGUGAAACAAAACGAAAGUGAUGAAGAUAUGACAGAUGUAACAAGUGACUUGAUAGACGAUAGUUAUAGACCUGUAAUAAAUAAAAUGGCAGAUUCGAGUCAAAUCGGAAACAGAGAAUAUCAAACAGUAAUCAAACCGACCGUAAUUGUGAAUUUCCGCGGCUCGGUCAGCCACAGAGACAGCGAGAUCAGAUUAGAAAAGAGGAACAAUCCUAAAAGAAAACAAGAUCUGGAUUCUGCGCGCAACAUAUUUAAUAUCAAUCAAGAGAUAAAAUUGGAACGUCCCAAUGGUACCAUAGAUGUGGAAGGAUUGAGACACCUGAGCAGCGCAGUAAAGCAAGGCGUCAACGUACUCUCAGAUAAAGUGAAGGAGAAAGUGGACGAUGACAUGACGGCGUGUGAGACGCCGGCCGCGCACGCACCGCCUGCGCCGGGGAGCGACCGCAGCGCACGGCACGAUGUAGACGACAAUAUCCUACAGAUCGUAGUUACACUUUAAUUUAACAGAAUUUAGUAUUAAGAUAAAUAAUUUUAAUAGUGUUAAAGCCUUGAUUCUUCAAUGAAUUACAUUUUUAAUAAGUAUAAUAGUAUAAGAAUGAGGUGAAAGACUGAAUUGGUAUGCUGAUCUCUGGUAUAUGGUCAACUGUUCCCAGCGAUUUUUGAAUUAAUAAUAAAUAUAUUUUAAAGCGA